GCAGGCUCCUUCACAGCCAUGGCUGAGGGCGCAGAAGGGGAGGACGAAAUCCAGUUCUUGAGAACUGAUGAUGAGGUGGUGUUCCAGUGUGUGGCCACCGUCCGGAAGUUCUGCCUGGCCGUCGAGGGACUCGGAAACCGUGUGUGCUACCUGGAACCCACAUCUGAAGCCAAGUAUGUUCCUCCAGACUUGUGUGUUUGCACCUUUGUGUUGGAGCAGGCCUUGUCGGUGCGGGCCCUGCAGGAGAUGCUGGCUAAGACUGGGCAGAACAGUGAAGGGAGUGCUGACCAUGAAAAAUGGGGGGGUCAGGGGGGUGGACACCGGACACUUCUCUAUGGUCAUGCCAUCCUCCUUCGCCACUCCUUCAGUGAUAUGUACCUGACCUGUUUGAAGACAUCUAGGUCUCUGACAGACAAGAUGUCAUUUGAUGUCGGACUACAAGAAGACUCAAUCGGAGAAGCCUGCUGGUGGACCAUCCACCCUGCGUCCAAGCAGAGAUCCGAGGGAGAGAAAGUCCGCAUUGGAGACGACCUGAUCCUCGUCAGCGUGUCGACAGAGCGAUACCUGCACCUCUCUAUGUCCAAUGGCAACGUCCAGGUGGAUGCCUCCUUCAUGCAGACCCUGUGGAACGUCCAGCCUACCUGCUCUUCAGUCAACCUGGCUGUAGGCUUUCUGACUGGUGGACAUGUGAUGCGUCUUUGUCAUGGGCAUGACGAGAGCUUGACCAUCCCAGAAGCAGACAAGAGUGAGCAGGAGCAUAGGAUUGUCAACUAUGAAACGGGGAAGGGAGCGUCAAAGGCCCGCUCACUCUGGAGACUGGAGCCUCUCAGGAUCAGCUGGAGCGGUAGCCACAUCCGCUGGGGUCAGGCCUUCCGGCUGCGCCACCUCGCCACCGGCCAUUACCUGGCCCUGACGGAGGACCGCGGACUGGUCCUGGAGGACAGGUUGAAGUGUGACACCAAGUCCACUGCCUUCUGCUUCAGGUCUUCCAAGGAAAAGGGUGACUCGGGUCCAAAGAGGGACAUCGACGGCAUGGGAGUGCCAGAGAUCAAGUACGGAGAAUCUGUCUGCUUCGUCAUGCAUGUGGCGACUGGACUGUGGCUGUCUUAUCUGGCGCCUGAUGCCAAAUCAUCUCGCCUCGGACCCCUAAAAAGAAGGGCCUGCCUGCACUCUGAGGGCCACAUGGACGAUGGUCUUAUCCUGCAGCGCUGUCAGCAUGAAGAGUCUCGGGCUGCUCGCAUCAUCCGCAACACAACAAUCCUCUUCACCAACUUUAUUAAGGCUCUGGACAGCAUUGCGGAGCGGGAGUCCACGGCCGUGGCCGGCUACGUUGAAGAGGUGCUGCAGACGCUGAACGACCUGAUCGAGUUCUUCAAACAGCCCGAUUCAGAGCUGGAGCACGAAGAGAAACAGUGUCUUCUACGUUCACUCAUCAAACGACAAGACCUCUUCAAAGAUGAGGGCAUGCUGUCCCUGCUGUCCAAAUGCAUCGACCGGAUGAACCUCUAUAACAACGCUGCCCACUUUGGAGAGGUGGCAGGGGAGGAGGCAGGCGCAGCAUGGAAGGAUAUUCUCAACCUCCUCUAUGAACUCUUAGCUGCACUGAUUCGUGGAAACAGGAAUAACUGCACCCAGUUCUCCAGGAACUUGGACUGGUUGGUCAGCAAACUGGAGAGACUGGAAUCUUCAUCAGGGAUCCUGGAAGUCCUCCACUGUAUUUUGUUAGAAAGUCCAGAGGCUCUGAACAUCAUUCAGAAAAGUCACAUUAAAUCCAUCAUCUCGCUGCUCUACAAGCAUGGACGCAACCACAAGAUUCUGGAUGUCUUGUGUUGCCUCUGCGUUUGUAACGGCGUGGCAGUGAGAGCCAACCAGAAUCUGAUCUGUGACAACCUGCUUCCCAAGAGGGACCUGCUGCUUCAGACUCGACUCGUUAACGAUGUUCAGAGUAUGAGGCCGAACAUUUUCCUGGGUGUGGCUGAAGGUUCAGCUCAGUAUAAGAAGUGGUAUUUUGAGCUGGUGAUCGACCAGGUGGACCACUUUUUAACUGGCCAGCCGACUCACCUGAGGGUAGGCUGGGCCAACACAAAAGGCUACGCGCCGUACCCCGGUGGAGGAGAAGGAUGGGGUGGCAAUGGUGUCGGGGACGACCUGUACUCUUACAGCUUUGAUGGACUUCAUCUCUGGUCAGGCCGAAUCCCGAGGGCCGUGGCCUCCGUUAACCAGCACCUGCUGAACUCAGACGAUGUGGUCAGCUGCUGUCUGGAUUUGGGCGCUCCCAGCAUGUCCUUCAGGAUCAACGGGCAGCCUGUCCAGGGCAUGUUCGAGGACUUUAACACUGAAGGAUUCUUCUUCCCCGUCGUCAGCUUCUCUGCAGGUGUCAAGGUCCGUUACCUGUUGGGUGGACGCCAUGGAGAUUUCAAGUUCCUGCCACCCGGUGGUUACUCUCCGUGCUAUGAGGCGCUGUUGCCCAAAGAGAAGAUGCAUGUCGAGCCUGUGAAGGAUUACAAGAGGGACCACGACGGGGUCCGUGACCUGCUGGGAACCACCAAGUUUCUCUCUCAGGCCUCCUUCAUCCCCACUCCAGUCGACACCAGCCAGAUUGUCCUUCCUCCUCACCUGGACAACGUCCGGGACAAACUGGCAGAAAACAUCCACGAGCUGUGGGGGAUGAACAAGAUUGAGCUGGGAUGGACCUAUGGCAAGGUUCGGGACGACAACAAGAGGCAGCAUCCUUGCCUUGUGGAUUUCGGAAAGCUGCCUGAAACUGAAAGGAACUACAACGUGCAGAUGUCGAGUGAAACACUUAAGACGCUGUUGGCUCUCGGAUGCCAUGUUGCUCAGGUCUAUGUUAACGCUGCGGACGAUCUGAAGAAAAUCAAACUUCCCAGAGACUACGUGAUGGCUAAUGGUUAUAAGCCUGCGCCGCUUGAUCUCUCUGACGUGAAACUGACUGCAGGUCAGGAGGUUCUAGUUGAUAAACUAGCCGAGAAUGCACACAACGUGUGGGCCAAAGACAGAAUCAAACAAGGAUGGACCUAUGGCAUCCAGCAGGAUUUGAAGUGCAGGCGUAAUCCCCGCUUGGUGCCAUAUGCUUUUCUAGACGAGCGCACUAAGAAAUCUAACAGAGACAGUCUGAGAGAGGCCAUCAGGACCAUGGUUGGAUAUGGAUAUGACAUCGACCCCCCAGACCAGGAGGCCCUGCACAUGGUUGAUGAUCAGAGCAUCGACACCAUCCGCUUCUUCCGUGUGGAGCAGACGUACGCAGUGAAGACGGGAAAGUGGUACUUUGAGUUCGAGGCACUGAGUGGAGGUGAUAUGAGGGUUGGCUGGGCCAGACCAGGCUGCAGGCCCGAUGUGGAACUAGGAAUAGACGACCAGGCCUUCGUCUUUGACGGAUACAAGGGUCGACGUAUGCACGCCGGCAGCCGCUACUUUGGGCAACCUUGGAAAAAGGGCGACGUGGUCGGUUGCAUGAUCAAUAUGGAGGACAAGUCCAUGAUCUUCACCCUGAACGGAGAGCUCCUGAUCACCAGCAAGGGCUCCGAGCUUUGCUUCACUGACUUUGAGACGGAGGACGGUUUCAUCCCUGUGUGCAGCAUCGGCAUGUCUCAGAUUGGACAUAUGAACCUGGGCAAGGACGCCAGCACUUUUAAGUACUACACCAUGUGUGGUCUCCAGGAAGGCUUCGAGCCCUUCGGCGUCAACAUGAACAGAGACAUCACCAUGUGGUUCAGCAAGCGUCUUCCCACCUUUGUCAACAUACCCCAGGAUCACAUGCAUAUCGAGGUGACAAGGAUUGACGGAACGGUGGACAGCCCUCCCUGCCUCAAGGUCACCCACAGGACGUUUGGCACGCAGAACAGCAACAGUGACAUGACCUACUGCAGAAUGAGCAUGCCUGUGGAGUUCUACUCGGCAGACAAGAUACUGGAGGACUCCCUGAAACUCAGUCAUCCUCCAAAAGAAGAUGGAACUGUUGACUACGGAAGCAUCUCAACUUACUACCACUCUGUGAGAGUGUUUGCUGGACAAGACCCUGCGUCAGUGUGGGUUGGCUGGGUAACACCGGACUAUCAUUACUACAGCAAGAACUUCAGCCUCAACAAGACCCGGACAGUCACCGUCACCCUGGGAGACGAGAGGGGCCGAGUCCAUGAGAGUGUCCAGAGGAGCAACUGCUACAUGGUGUGUGGAGCGGACGCAGUCGGCAUGUCUUCCUCCAGCCGCUCCAACUCCGACCUGGAGAUCGGCUGCCUGAUCGACCUGGCCACUGGCCUCGUCUCCUUCACUGCCAAUGGCAAGGAGCUGUCCACCACGUAUCAGGUGGAGCCAAAUACUAAGCUAUUCCCAGCUGUGUUUGUACGCCCCACCAGUGCAAACCUCUUCCAGUUUGAAUUUGUCAAGAUCAAGGAUGCGAUGCCGCUCUCGUCUGCCAUAUUUAAGAGUGAGCACAGGAAUCCGGUGCCGCAGUGCCCGCCACGUCUGGACGUGCAGACCAUCGUGGCGGUGCUGUGGAGCCGGAUGCCGAACACCUUCCUCCACGUGGAAACUGCUCGGGUCAGCGAGAGGCAUGGCUGGGUGGUCCAGUGUCUGGAACCGCUGGAGAUGCUGGCCGUACAUAUUCCUGAAGAGAACAGGUGUUUGGACAUCCUGGAGUUAUCUGAACUUGAAGACCUGAGAAAGUUCCACUACCACACACUGAAGCUGUACUGCGCCCUCUGUGCCCUGGGGAACACCCGCGUUGCCCACGCCCUCUGCAGUCACUUGGACCAAUCGCAGCUCCUCAACACCAUCGACAACCAGUACCUCUCCGGCAUGCUGAGAGAGGGCUUCUACAAUGUACUAAUCAGCAUCCAUCUUGAGACGGCAAAGGAGGCUCGCCUAAUGAUGAAUAACGAGUUCAUCAUCCCUGUGACGGACGACACUCGCUCCAUCAAACUGUUCCCCGAUGAGUCCAAGCGGCACUCGCUGCCGGGUGUGGGCCUGAGCACCUCCCUCAAACCUCGGGUCAACUUCUCCGCCGUCGGCAUCAUCGACACGAAGCGCCACCAGCACCUUUACAGCCCCCAGAUCCCUCUGGGCAGCCUGAAGGAGAAGGCCAUCAGCAUGCUCUCUGAGGCUGUGCAGGGCGGCGGCACGCACAUCCGAGACCCGGUAGGCGGCAGCGUGGAGUACCAUUUUGUCCCCAUCCUGAAGCUGAUUGGAACGCUGCUAACCAUGGGAGUCUUGACCAGUGAGGAGGUGAGAAUUAUCCUCCUCCUGAUUGACCCCAACGUGUUCGGGGAGACCCAGGAGGGAGAGGAAACCAAGGGCGACGAGGUGGCCGUGAUAGGGGAAAAGGAGGAUGUGAGCAAGAAUGAGGAGAAGGCUGUGGAGGCGGGAGAGGAGGAGACAAAAGAGAGUAAACCGCAAGUUAAAAGUCUGCUGGAGAAGUCGCUGCCCGAGUCCGUCAAGCGCCAGAUGUGUGAGCUGCUGCACUACUUCUGUGACUGUGAGCUGAAGCAGCGCAUCGAGGCCAUCGUCUCCUUCUCCGACAGCUUCGUGUCCAAGCUGCAGUUCAACCAGAAGUUCCGCUACAAUGAGCUGAUGCUGGCGUUCGACAUGUCGGCCGCCGUCACUGCCAAGAAGACCAAAGAGUUUCGGUCACCCCCACAUGAGCAGAUCAACAUCCUGUUGAAUUUCAGUGAAGGGGAGGACUGCCCCUGUCCGGAGGAGAUCCAGGAGGAGCUCACGGCCUUCCAUGAAGAACUGCGACUGCACUGUGGAAUUCCCGUGAAGGAGGAAGAGCAAGAGCAGGACACUUCGAUAAAAGGCCGUCUCUUCGCUUUACUCUACAAAAUCAAAGGUCCACCUCAGAAGAUGGAGAAGGGACCCACAGAGAAGGAGCAGGCUGCUCCCACCAACCUGAAGGAGCUGAUCUCGCAGACCAUAACCAGAUGGGCUCAGGAGUCUCUCAUCCAGGACCCAGAGCUGGUCAGAGUGAUGUUCAGCCUGCUGAGGAGGCAGUAUGAUGGCAUCGGGGAGCUGCUUCGGGCCAUGAAGAAAUGCUACACCAUCAGCGCCGCCUCUGUGCAGGAUGCUAUUAACCUGCUGGUGUCUCUGGGUCAAAUCAGGUCUCUGUUGUCAGUACGCAUGGGCAAGGAGGAGGAGAAACUCAUGAUCGAUGGACUCGGCGACAUCAUGAACAACAAGAUUUUCUACCAGCAUCCCAACUUGAUGAGAGUGCUGGGCAUGCACGAGACUGUCAUGGAGGUCAUGGUCAACGUUCUUGGGAGUGACAAGUCACAGGAGAUCGCCUUCCCAAAGAUGGUGGCCAGCUGUUGUCGUUUCUUGUGCUACUUCUGUCGUAUUAGCCGCCAGAACCAGAAAGCCAUGUUCGACCACCUGAGCUACCUGCUGGAGAACAGCAGCGUCGGGCUGGCCUCUGAAGCUAUGCGCGGCUCCACUCCGCUGGAUGUUGCAGCAUCUUCAGUGAUGGACAACAACGGCCUGGCUUUGGCCCUGGAGGAGCCCGACUUGGAGAAGGUGGUGACCUAUCUGGCAGCCUGUGGUCUUCAGAGUUGUGCCAUGCUGUUGGCUAAGGGUUACCCAGACCUCGGCUGGAACCCCAUAGAGGGCGAGCGCUACCUGUCCUUCCUGAGGUUCGUCGUCUUCUGCAACGGUGAGAGUGUGGAAGAAAAUGCCAACGUGGUGGUGAAGCUGCUGAUCAGACGUCCCGAGUGUUUUGGCCCCGCCCUGAGGGGGGAGGGAGGUCAGGGUUUGCUGGCUGCCAUGAAGGACGCCAUCAAGAUCUCUGAAGAUCCUACCCUGGACCUGCCCGAGACGCCUUCUGGGGUCACCACCGGGUCUGGGGAGGAGACGGGAGAAGUGAUUCACAUGGGCAACGCCAUCAUGUCCUUCUACUCGGCUCUUAUCGACCUGCUGGGACGCUGCGCUCCAGAGAUGCAUCUGAUCAAUGCGGGUAAAGGGGAAGCGCUACGUAUCCGAGCCAUCCUGCGCUCUCUGGUUCCCACGACGGACCUGGUGGGCAUCAUCAGCAUCCCCUUCAAAAUGCCUGUGGUUAAUAAAGACGGUACUCUGACAGAACCUGACAUGUCAGCCUGUUUCUGUCCGGACCACAAGGCCUCCAUGGUGCUCUUCCUGGAACGAGUGUACGGCAUCGAGGACCAGAGCUUCCUGCUCCAGAUGUUGGAGGUUGGCUUCCUGCCUGACCUGCGAGCCUGUGCAUCUCUGGACACGGAGGUGCUCAGCACCACGGAGACGGCGUUGGCCAUGAACAGGUACAUCGGCUCGGCCCUGCUGCCCCUGCUCACCCGCUGCGCCGCUCUCUUCAGCAACACGGAGCACUACGCACAGCUGGUGGACUCCACGCUGCAGACCAUCUACCGGCUGUCCAAAGGACGCUCGCUCACCAAAGCCCAGAGGGACGCCAUCGAGGAGUGUCUGCUGGCUAUCUGCAAGCACCUGCGUCCCUCUAUAAUGCAGCCGCUCCUCAGGCGGCUGGUGUUCGACGUUCCCAUGCUCAGUAACUACUGCAUGAUACCGCUAUGGCUUCUGACCAACCACUAUGAGCAGAACUGGAAGUACUACUGCCUUCCUUCUGGUAUGGGCAGCUUCGGCAUAGCCUCCGAGGAGGAGCUGCUCCUCACCAAGAAACUCUUCUGGGGAACGUUUGACUCCCUUUCUCAGAAGAAGUAUGAUGCUGACCUUUUCAAAAUGUCCACGUCAUGCCUGUGUGCCAUCGGUGGAGCCUUGCCGCCAGACUUUGUGGAUGCCAGUUCUGGAGCAACACUGGAAACGCAGGCGUCAGUGGAUGCACAGGGCAACUUUGAUCCUAAACCCAUCAACACCGCCAAUAUCUCUCUUCCUGAAAAACUUCAGUACGUUGCCAACAAAUAUGCAGAGCAUUCUCAUGACAAGUGGUCCUCAGAGAAGGUGUCAGCGGGCUGGACACAUGGAGACAGCCUGUCCGAGCAGGCCAAAACUCACCCGCUGCUGAAGCCCUACAAGGCCCUGAGUGAGAAGGAGAGAGAAACUUAUCGCUGGCCAGUGAGAGAGUCCUUGAAGAGCAUGCUGGCUAUGGGCUGGAACGUUGAGAGUACCAAGGAAGGAGACGCCGUGUUCCAACAACGAGAAAGUGAAAAACAGCGAAAGAUCUCUGAGUCUCAGGUGAAUGGAUUCAGUCCCGCUCCGAUGGAUUUGCACGAUGUCACUCUGUCUAGAGAGUUACAGGGCAUGGUGGAAGUGGUUGCAGAAAACUACCACAACAUCUGGGCCAAGAAGAAGAACACUGAACUCGCUGGCAAAGGAGGAGGGACCCAUCUGCUGCUGGUUCCCUAUGACACCCUGACCGCUAAAGAGAAGUACAGAGACCGAGAGAAGGCCCAGGAGCUCUUCAAAUACCUGCAGAUCAGUGGCUAUGCCGUCAUAAGAGGUCUGAAAGACAUGGAGCAGGACUCGUCAUCCAUGGAGAAGCGCUUUUGCUACAAGUUCCUCAAAAGGCUCCUGAAGUACAUCGACUCUGCCCAGGAGUUUAUCGCUCAUCUCGAGGCUAUGGCCACGAGUGGGAAGACAGACAAAUCACCUCAUGACCAGGAAAUCAAGUUCUUCGCCAAGGUGUUGCUUCCUCUGACAGAUCAAACUUUCAAGAACCACUGUCUGUACUUCCUGUCCACGCCCAGCAACAGCCUGAGCAGCUGUGGCUGUGCUUCCAACAAAGAGAAAGAGAUGGUCACCAGCUUGUUCUGUAAGCUGGCAGCUCUUGUCAGACACAGGAUUUCUCUCUUCGGAAGUGACUCUGCAAUGAUGGUGAGCUGUCUGCACAUCCUCAGUCACACACUUGACACCAGGACGGUAAUGAAGUCCGGCUCAGAGCUGGUCAAAGCCGGCUUUCGGACUUUCUUUGAGAACGCGGCAGAGGACCUGGAGAAGCUGCUCGAGAUGCUGAAGCUGGGAAAGUUCAUGCAGUCCCGCGCCCAGUUGAAGAGCGUCACGCAGAGCGUCAACUACGUGACCGUGGCGCUGCUGCCCAUCCUCACCGCCCUCUUUGAGCACAUCACCACAUACGAGUUUGGCGUGGACCUGCUGUUGGACGAUGUGCAGCUGUCCUGCUACCGGAUCUUGACUUGUGUCUACUCUCUGGGGAUAGGAAAGAACCCCUUUAUGGAGAAGCAUCUUCCAGCGCUGGGGGAGAGCCUGGCAACCCUGGUGGGCGCGAUGCCUGUGGCGUUCCUGGAGCCCCUCCUAAACGCCCACAACCCUCUGUCUGUAUUCAACACCAAGACCCCCCGAGAGAGAGCCAUCCUGAGCAUGCCGGACACUGUGGAGGAGAUAUGCCCGGAGAUGCCUUGUCUUGACUCACUGCUGAAAGACGUCAGCGAUGUCUCAGAGUCUGGUGCUCGCUACAGUGACAUGCCAGAGGUCAUUGAAGUGGUCCUCCCCAUGCUGUGUAACUAUCUGUCCUACUGGUGGGAAAAAGGCUCAGAGAACUCUCCUCAAGGUGCUCAGUGCUGCACGAUGGUGACCUCUGAACACCUGAGCAUCAUCUUAGGAAACAUCCUCAAGAUCCUGAACAACAACCUGGGCAUCGAUGACGCCCCCUGGAUGAAGAGGAUAGCAGUCUAUUCUCAGCCAAUUAUCUGCAAGGCUGGAGCAGAUCUGCUGAGGACCCACUUCCUGCCCACGAUGGACAAACUGAAGAACAAGACAGUGAAGGUUGUGGCUGAAGAGGAGCUGCUGAAGGCCGACAGUAAAGGUGACACCCAGGAGGCCGAGCUGCUCAUCCUGGAUGAGUUUGCUGUGCUCUGCAGAGACCUCUACGCCUUCUACCCCAUGCUCAUCCGUUAUGUGGACAACAACAGGUCCAGGUGGCUGAAGGAGCCGGAUGACGACUCCACCGAGCUCUUCAGGAUGGUGGCGGAGAUCUUCAUCCUCUGGUGCAAGUCCCCUAACUUUAAGCGUGAGGAGCAAAACUUUGUGGUUCAGAAUGAGAUCAACAAUCUGGGCUUCCUGACUGGAGAGGGCAAGCCGAAGAUGUCCAAGUCAGGAGGCGACCAGGAGAGGAAGCACAAGCGCCGUCGAGGCGAGUACUACUCGGUCCAGACCUCCCUCAUCGUAGCCUCCCUGAAGAAGCUGCUGCCCAUCGGCCUCAACAUGUGCACCCCAGGAGACCAGGAGCUCAUCUCCCUCGCCAAGAUACGCUACAGUCUGAAAGACACUGAUGAUGAGGUGAAGGAGCACCUGCGUCUGAAUUUCCAUCUUCAGGACAAGUCUGAAGACCCGGCGGUUCAGUGGCAGCUGAACUUGUACCAUGACGUGGUGGUGAAGAGCGAGGAACCUGCAAACUCCGAGCACACAGUGGAACGGAUGCAGAGCAUCUCAGCUGCCGUCUUCCACCUGGAGCAGGUGGAGCAGCCUCUGAGAAAUAAGAAGUGCGUCACGCACAAGCUGCUGUCCAAACAGCGUAAGCGUGCCGUGGUGGCGUGUUUCCGCAUGGCUCCACUCUACAAUCUACCCAGGCAUCGCUCUAUCAACUUCUUCAUCCCGGCCUAUCAGAGACUUUGGAUAGAGGCAGAGGAGUACUCCUUUGAGGAGAAGCUAGUUCAGGAUCUGGCAAAAACCCCCAUGAAAAUUGUGGAGGAGGAGGAAGAGGAGGUGGCUGAUAUCCAGCCGGACCCUCUUCAUCAACUCAUCCUCCACUUCAGCCACAACGCUCUGACAGAGAGAAGUUUCUUGGAACAAGAUCCUUUGUAUAUUGCGUAUGCAGACAUGAUGGCAAAGAGCUGUGCAGAGGAUGAGGAGGAGGAAGAAGAAGAGGAAGGAAAAGAAAAGUCGUUUGAGGAAAAAGAGAUGGAAAAGCAAAAGAUCCUGUAUCAGCAGGCGAGGCUGCACGCCCGCGGGGCGGCAGAGAUGGUGCUGCAGAUGUGCAGCGCCAGUAAAGGAUGCCUGGGCCCCAUGGUGACCUGCACCCUCAAACUGGGGAUCUCCAUCUUAAAUGGAGGCAAUGUGCAAGUUCAGCAGAAAAUGCUUAAUUACCUGAAAGAGAAAAGAGACGCGGGCUUUUUCAAGAGCCUAUCGGGACUGAUGGAGUCUUGCAGUGUGCUGGACUUGAAUGCAUUUGAGAGGCAGAACAAAGCAGAAGGACUCGGCAUGGUGUCAGAGGAAGGUUCAAGUUCCAAGGUGCUACAGAAUGAUGAAUUCACGAAAGAUCUGUUCCGGUUUUUACAACUUCUGUGCGAGGGGCACAACGGAGAUUUCCAGAACUUCCUGAGAAACCAAACUGGCAACACAACCACAGUCAACAUCAUUAUCAGCACCGUGGACUACCUGCUGCGUCUCCAGGAAUCCAUCAGUGACUUCUACUGGUACUACUCUGGCAAAAAUGUCAUUGAUGAGACUGGAAGAGUCAACUUCUCCAAAGCUUUAUCUGUUGCCAAGCAGAUAUUCAACUCUCUGACUGAGUAUAUUCAGGGCCCGUGUAUUGGGAACCAGCAGAGUUUGGCUCAGAGCAGACUUUGGGAUGCAGUUGUCGGCUUCUUUCAUGUAUUUGCCAACAUGCAAAUGAAGCUGUCUCAGGACGCCAGUCAGAUUGAGCUGUUGAAGGAGCUGAUGGAUUUACAGAAGGACAUGAUUGUGAUGCUGCUGUCUCUGCUCGAGGGUAACGUGGUGAACGGAACCAUCGGCAAGCAGAUGGUUGACACCCUGGUGGAGUCUUCUAGCAAUGUGGAGAUGAUCCUCAAGUUCUUUGACAUGUUCCUCAAACUCAAGGACCUGACGUCCUCCGAAAACUUCCGAGAGUACGACCCGGAGUUCAAAGGCAUCAUUUCAAAGAAGGACUUCCAGAAGUCGAUGGAGAGCCAGAAGCAGUACGGCCAGUCGGAGAUUGAAUUCUUGCUCUCGUGUGCACAGGCUGAUGAAAACGACAUGUUCAAUUACAAGGAGUUCGUGGAGCGGUUCCACGAGCCGGCCAAAGACAUCGGCUUCAACGUGGCGGUGCUGCUGACCAACCUGUCUGAGCACAUGCCGCACGACUCCAGACUCGCCACCUUCUUGGACCUGGCGGGGAGCGUCCUGAGCUACUUUGAGCCUUACCUGGGUCGCAUUGAAAUCAUGGGCAGUGCCAAGCGAAUAGAGAGGGUGUACUUUGAGAUCAGCGAGACGAGCCGCGAGCAGUGGGAGAAGCCGCAGGUCAAAGAGUCCAAACGGCAGUUCAUUUUCGACGUGAUCACUGAGGGCACGGAGAAGGAGAAAAUGGAGAUGUUUGUCAAUUUCUGCGAGGACACCAUCUUUGAGAUGCAACUGGCCUCGCAGAUCUCCGAGCCGGACGCGGUCGAACAACCCGAGGAGGAGGAAGAGGAAGAGGCUCACGGUAUCCUGGAGGAAGAGGAAGACGGCGCCCAGGAGUCUGCCUCGGCCUUCACCACCGCAUGCCGCUCCGUCAAGAAGAAGAUCGACCAUGUCCUCCAGAUCUGUUCUGUGAAAAACAUGCGCAAGCAGUUCAAGAAAAGCAAGAAGCUGAGCGUCAAGGAGAUGAUCACCGGCUUCUUCUCCUUCUUCUGGAUGCUCUUCACGAGCUUCGUCAAGGGAAUCUUCAGCCUCGUCUUCGGCUUCUUCCACAUCAUCUGGUCCUCCAUGUUCGGCGGUGGCCUCGUCGAAGGAGCCAAGAACAUGAAGGUGACGGACAUCCUCGGAAACAUGCCUGACCCGACCCAGUUCGGUAUCCACGGAGACGUGGCGGAAGGAGAGAAGGUGGAGGCCAUCGAGUCAUCGGGGCGGUCGGAUACAGCCACGGCGCCCGCGGGCGAGGUCAAGGUCGACAAGAUGUUGGAUAUGCUGUCGAAUCCCAAGAAGGAAGGAGGAAAACACGUGGACCCGGGGCUGGGCGACGUGUCUGAGUUGAGUGCGGAGGUCUCCACUUCUGAUCACAAGAAGAAAGCUGCCGCCAAGCCCGUCAAGAAGCCCGAAAGCGAACCUGAGAAAGCAGACUCGGAGAACCAGGAGAAGGAGGAUAAGCCGAAGAAGGAGGAGGAGGCCAAGAAUCCCGAGGCGGAGGAGAAGCCCAAGACCAAGUCGAGUGAGUCCAAGGAGGCGUCGCCGUCCUUCAUGUUGAGCAUCUUCACUUUCCUGAAGAUCUACCUCUACAAGAUGCUGAACUUCCUGGCCCGUAACUUCUACAACCUGCGCUUCCUGGCUCUGUUUGUGUGUUUUGCCAUCAACUUCAUUCUUCUCUUCUACAAGGUCACUGGUGAAGCCGGGGAAGAAGUAGAUGAGGAGAAGACGUGGGACGGCGAGGAGGACGACGGUUUGAACACCUUCUUCGACAUGGAUGAGUUUGUCCUGCACGAGAGCAGCGGCUACAUGCUCCCCACGCUGCGCUUCCUGGCCGUCUUCCACACGGGCAUCUCCUUGGUCUGCGUGUUCGGCUACUACUGUCUGAAGGUUCCUUUGGUGGUGUUCAAGAGGGAGAAGGACAUCGCCAGGAAGCUGGAAUUCGACGGUCUCUACAUCACCGAACAGCCGUCGGACGACGACAUCAAGGGCCAGUGGGAUCGCCUCGUCAUCAACACCCCGUCUUUCCCCAACAACUACUGGGACAAGUUCAUCAAGCGCAAGGUGAUCAACAAAUAUGGUGACCUCUAUGGAGCCGAGCGCAUCGCUGAGCUCUUGGGCCUGGAUAAGAGCGCUCUGGACUUUGACCCCACAGUGGAGACGGUGGAGAAGGAAGCGUCCCUGCUCUCCUGGCUGAGCUCCAUCGAUACGAAGUACCACAUCUGGACAAUGGGCGUGGUUCUGACUGACAAUUACUUCCUGUAUCUGAUCUGGUACACCACCAUGUCCAUCUUCGGACACUUCAACAACUUCUUCUUCGCCGCCCAUAUGCUGGACAUCGCCAUGGGCUUCAAGACCGUCCGCACCAUCCUGUCUUCCGUUACCCACAAUGGAAAGCAGCUCAUGCUGACCGUCGGGCUGCUGGCCGUGGUCGUCUAUCUGUACACCGUGGUCGCCUUCAACUUCUUCAGGAAGUUCUACAACAAGAGCGAAGACGAGGACCAGCCCGACAUGAAGUGUGACGAUAUGAUGACGUGCUAUUUGUUCCACAUGUACGUGGGCGUGAGAGCUGGCGGCGGCAUCGGAGACGAGCUGGAGGACCCAGCCGGAGACGCCUUUGAACUCUACCGCAUCCUGUUUGACAUCACCUUCUUCUUCUUCGUCAUCGUCAUCCUGCUGGCCAUCAUUCAGGGUCUGAUUAUCGACGCCUUUGGUGAGUUGAGAGACCAGGAGCAGCAGGUGAACGAAGACAUGGCGACCAAAUGUUUCAUCUGUGCGAUCGGGAACGACUACUUUGACCGGACGCCUCACGGGUUUGAAACCCACACCUUACAAGAGCACAACCUCGCCAACUACCUGUUCUUCCUGAUGUACCUGAUCAACAAGGACGAGACUGAACACACGGGCAGGUACUCGUUUGUGUGGAAGUUGUACCAGGAGAGAUGCUGGGACUUCUUCCCCAUCGGAGACUGCUUCCGGAAGCAGUACGAGGACCAGCUGGGUUAGAGAGGGUUGUGCCUUCUUUCAGAAAGAGACGGUGAACUUGACCACUCUCCGGACGUCGUCUGCUGCCAUGGCGAUACACAACUAAAUAUUUCAAGACGAAUGACUGAUGAUCGGACAUUUGGGAUUUGUGCAUCCGAGUCCUCUUCCUCGUUACCGAAAAACAAGUCCGUUGCCACGACGCCUCCUAUAUGCAAAGUCCUCUUUGAUUCAGAUUCCCGUUGCCUUGUCACUCGCUCACCCCCCCCCCCCCCCCCCCCGGGGCGCCGCGUGUCGUGCGUGUGACACACGCAUGACGACCGAAUGUCUGAACAUGCACAAUUUCUAGUUGUUCGUGUCACGUUUUAACAAACCCACUGUGCAGGAGUAUUGAUCAGUAUUAAUCCGGUAAACAUUACACAACACGAGUGAAACCUAAUCUGCCUUUUGAAAGCUGUGGGAUGAAACGAGGCGUUCCAGAGAACGGUUCUCCCAGGACGAGAGUCGACUCACUUUGGGUGUUUAUCAAGUGCCGGCGUGCCUUAUGAGAAACUAUGCAACACAUUUAUCAUUUUUUGUCCCUCCUGACAAGCAGGUUUAGCUCAAGAUAGUUUGUUGUGUAAAUUGUAGCUUAGCCGCCAGCUCUUCUGUCCACAGGAGAAACAAAACAAAAACACAGUUCAAAGGUGUAUUGACGACAAAACGGUUCACUGCUAUUGUAUGGCUCUUUGUUUGUACGUAGUAGCUUUGGGAAACUGCAUUUCUUUUGAUGAGGGGGGGAGGAUAUGAAUAAAAGCAAUUGACGCAAUAAAGCAACAUUUCACUUUC